CGCUCCGGAGCACCCGGUUGGCCAGGCCCGAGUGGGCCCGAGGCGGACGUGAGCGCGGCCGGACCAAGAUGGCGGUGCAGGUGGUACAGGCGGUGCAGGCGGUUCAUCUGGAGUCGGAUGCUUUCCUGGUUUGUCUCAACCAUGCUCUGAGCACGGAGAAGGAGGAGGUGAUGGGGCUGUGCAUAGGGGAGUUGAAUGAUGACACAAGGAGUGACUCCAAAUUUACAUAUACCGGAACUGAAUUGCGCACAGUUCCUGAAAAGGUUGACACCGUCAGAAUUGUUCACAUUCAUUCUGUCAUCAUCUUGCGACGUUCUGAUAAGAGGAAGGAUCGAGUGGAAAUUUCUCCAGAGCAGCUGUCUGCAGCCUCAACAGAGGCAGAGAGGUUGGCUGAACUAACAGGUCGCCCCAUGAGAGUUGUGGGCUGGUAUCAUUCCCAUCCUCAUAUAACUGUUUGGCCUUCACAUGUUGAUGUUCGCACACAAGCUAUGUACCAGAUGAUGGAUCAAGGCUUUGUAGGACUUAUUUUUUCCUGCUUCAUAGAAGAUAAAAACACAAAGACUGGCCGGGUACUCUACACUUGCUUUCAAUCCAUACAGGCCCAAAAGAGCUCAGAGUCCCCUCAUGGUCCACGAGACUUCUGGAGUUCCAGCCAGCACAUCUCCAUUGAGGGCCAGAAGGAAGAGGAAAGGUAUGAGAGGAUUGAAAUCCCAAUCCAUAUUGUGCCUCAUGUGACCAUUGGAAAAGUAUGCCUUGAAUCAGCAGUCGAGCUGCCCAAGAUCCUGUGCCAAGAGGAGCAGGAUGCAUAUAGGAGGAUCCACAGCCUUACGCAUCUGGACUCAGUAACCAAGAUCCAUAACGGCUCAGUGUUCACCAAGAACCUGUGCAGCCAGAUGUCCGCAGUCAGUGGGCCUCUCCUGCAGUGGCUGGAGGACAGACUGGAGCAAAACCAACAGCAUUUGCAGGAGUUGCAACAAGAAAAGGAAGAGCUUUUGCAAGAACUGUCUUCUCUAGAAUAAACCAGGAGACCAAUGGGGAAAAAUGAAAUUAUCCAGGUAUAAAAUUAAUUAAGCUAAAUCAGUUUUGAAGAAGUUGGAAGACUCACGACUCACAUUACCUGACUUGCAGACUUACUAUAAAGCUACAGUAAUCAAGACAGUGUGGUAUAUGUGCAACUGAUUUCGACAAACGUGUAAAAGCAAUUCAAUGGAGUGAGGAUAAAUAGUCUUUUCAAUAAGCUAUGCUGGAGCGAUUUACACCCAUAGGCAAAAAAAUGAACUUUGACCUAAGCUGCACACCUUAGACAGAAAUUAAUUCAAAAAAUAUCAUGGAUUUAGAUAAAAGAUGUAGAACUAGAAAUCUUUUAGGGAAAAAACAAUCAGAGAAAAAUCAUGAGUUCUUGGCCUCCACCACAAAAGCACAGUCCUAAAAGGAAAGAACUGCUACACUGGACUUCAUCAAAAUGAAACACUUUUGCUCUGUAAAAAAUUUAAGAGGCGGAAAUUAUUGAGGGAAAUUAUUUGCAAACAAUAUAUCUGAUCAAUCUAGACUAUAUAAAAUCAACAAUAAAAAACCAUCCAUUUAGAAAGUGAGCAAAAGACACGGAUAGACAUUUCACUAAAGAGGACACGUGGGUGGCAGGUAAGCACACAAAGAGAUCUUCAACUUCAUUAGUCAUGAGGGAAUGCAAAUUAAAACCACAAUGAAUUACAAUUACACAUUUAUCAGAAUGGCUGAAGAAGAAAUAGUAAAAAUACCAGAUGCUGUUGAGCAUACAAACCAGAUAUCUCAUACAGUACUUGUAGGAAUGUUAAAUGGUACAGCUUCCCUAGAAAAGAAUUUGGAAAUUUCUAACAAAGUUAAACACACAUGUGUCAUACAGCCCAGCAAUUGCACUCCUGGACAUUCAUCCCCCAGAAGUGAGACCCUAUGUUGGCACAAAAACUCGUACACCAAUGUUCUUAGCAGCUUUAUUUAACAGCUAAAAACUGGAGACAACCCAGCUGUCUUGCAACUGAGUGAGUGAUUAAAGCAAGCACCUGUACCAUGGAAUACUGCCCUGCAAUUGAAGAAAAACAGACAACUAUUGAUCUACACAAUUUGGGUGGACCUCAAGGGUAUUACAAUGAAUGAAGAAGCCAGUUUGAAAAUUUCACAUGCUCUGUGACUGCAUUCUUGAAAUGGCAGAACUAUAGAAAUGAGGAACAGAUUCACGUUUGCCAGGGUAGGGACUGGAGGAAGUAUGAGAUACGUGCGACUGUAAAGGGAUCAACAUAGGGAGUUCCUUUGUGCCGAUGAAAUAAUUCUGUAUCUUAAUUAUGGUGUUGAUUACAUUAUUCGUGCUAAAACUACAUAGACCCACAAAUGAAUGCAUGUAAACUCUGAUGAAACCAAAUAAGGUCUAUAGUUUCGUUAGCAGUAUUGUACCAUCAUCAAUAAUGCUCGUUUUGAAGUUGUACUAAUCAUGUAAGAUCUUAACCACUGGAGGAAACUGGGUGAAGGGUACAUGGGACGCACUGUACUAUUUUUACAAUUUCCUGUAAAUCUAUAGUUAUUACAAAAUAAAAAGUUAGAAGUAUUAAAUAAGGAA